GUAUAUUCUCUUUUUGAUAUAAGAGCUACACCAUCACCAUCUCGUAAUACUCCACCGACUGAAUCGAGCUUUUUCCAAUCACGUUCACCCGCACGUCUCAUCAUGCCUCGCGCUGCGGUACCGAGAAACAUCAUCAUCGUUGGUGCGGGCAUCGGGGGUCUCGCAGCAGCCCUCGCCCUUCAGACUGACGGGCACAAUGUCACGAUGCUAGAUUCCUGUUUCGAGUUCGCCGAAGCCGGCGCAGGCAUUCGAGUGCCGCCGAAUAGUGCACGCCUUCUCUUGCGGUGGGGCGUCGACAUGGCCAAGAUGAAGAAGUCCGUCUCCAACGCAUAUCACUUCGUGCGCUGGGCAGACGGAUCCACGAUCGUCCGCAUCCCGUUCGAGAACAUCGUCGAGAACCACGGCGCGCCAUAUUAUCUCAUUCAUCGAGCGGAUCUCCAUUCCGGACUGCUGGAGGCUGUCAAGCGGGCGGGUGUAAAUAUCGUAACCGGCGCGCAGGUGGUGGACUACGACUUUGAGACGCCGAGCGCGAAGACGUCCACCGGACGGGUUUAUACCGCUGAUCUUAUCGUCGCAUCUGAUGGCAUCAAGUCCAUCGCCCGUCCACUUCUCACAGGGCAACCCGACGUCCCGCGCGACACAGGAGAUGUCGCCUACCGCAUUCUCAUUCCCGGCGCGGAGCUCCUGAAGGACGCCGAUCUCGCGCCGCUCAUCACUUCCCCAGCGACGACGUCCUGGUGCGGACCAGACGCGCACCUCGUCGGCUACCCGAUCCGCGACGGCGAGCUGUACAACAUCGUGGUGUGCGCGACUUCGCGCAACGAGACGACAGACGAAGUGUGGGUAGUCAAAGGCUCGAACGACGAACUCUGCCAACGCUUUGCGUCCUGGGAGCCGCGCGUGCAAAAACUGUGCAAGCUGACGCGGGACUUUAUGAAAUGGCGACUAUGCGACUUACCGGUGCUCACGCGCUGGGUGCAUGCGUCGGGUAAGGUAUGUCUGCUGGGGGACUCGUGCCAUCCAAUGCUUCCGUACCUUGCGCAGGGCGCAGCGCAAGCCGUCGAAGACGCCGCAGUGCUCCGCCAGGUCCUCGCGUCUACCCAAUCGCUCUCGUCGGCGUUGAAGCAGUAUGAGAGCAUUCGCAUGCCGAGAGCAAGUCUAGUCCAGGCGAAAACGAGGGAGCAUCAGUAUAUUCUGCACAUUGACGAUGGGGAGGAGCAGAAGGUCCGGGACGUGUUGAUGAAGAGGAACGAGGAGCAGAAUCCCGUGUUUUGGGGCUGGGACAAGCGCAAGAACUGGCUCUUCAGCCACGAUGCAGAGGUCCUUGGGCACGAGGGGGCGAAUUGGAGGACGAGCGGUAGGGAGGCCAGACUGUAAAUAUCUUGCUUAGCCUACUCCCACAUAGCGAA